AGAAAUUUACACGUGACUCAACAAAAACGCCGAAGUACUUUCACUUUUGGGAAGACGAUAAAUACUGGUGUCCAGCCCUUCAAUUUUGAAUAAUCCAUCACUCCUUUUGUUUGCUGAAUUUUGUUCGUCUUUAAGAAAAUGGGAAGCUUAAUAUGGUUUUCCCAAAUCCUCUGCCUCUCCUUCAUGUUGUUGCAGUUUCGAGUCCAAAGCGCCUCACCUUCUCAAUCUUCUCUUUCAUCGCCACAUUUGUGCCGUUCUGAGGAGCGUUCUGCGUUGCUUGAUUUCAAAAGCACUACUAAUUUGGUGAAAUACUGUUCUAGUAGUAGUGAUAUAAAACAAACUUGGAACGAGAGUAAAGACUGCUGCUUGUGGGAGGGCAUCACAUGCGACAAGCCGAAAGGUCACGUGAUUGGCCUUGAUCUUAGCAGUAACUGUCUUGAAGCCAAUCUAACUACAAAAAGUAGUCUUUUCCGCCUUGAGAAAUUGCAGAGCCUCAACCUUGCUUACAAUGAAUUUAGCUACCCCAAUAUAUCAUUUGGGUUCCACAAUUGGAAGAGUUUGACAUAUCUUAAUCUCUCAAAUGCAGGAUCUAUGGAUAGUUCUCUCUUGUUCGAUGAGAUCUCUUUGCUAUCGAAAUUGGUUUCACUCGAUCUCUCCAGCAAUUAUGGUUUGCUUAAUCUUGACAACAUAAAGUUUCAAAUGCUUGUGCAUAACUUAACAGAAUUAAGGUUUCUUAUCCUUGAUUCUGUGGAUAUGUCUUCGGUUGUGCCUUCUUCCUUGCUAAACUUGACUCCUUCCUUGGAGCAUUUGAGCCUUCGCUCUUGUAAUUUGCAAAGAAACUUUCCAAGCCAAGUUUUUCAGUUGAAAAAAUUGGUCUCACUCGAUCUCUUUGGUAAUGAUGAUUUGCUUCUUGACAACAUAAAGUUUCAAAUGCUUGUGCAUAACUUAACAGAAUUAAGGUUUCUUAUCCUUGAUUUUGUGAAUAUGUCUCCGGUUGUGCCUUCUUCCUUGCUAAACUUGACUUCUUCCUUGGAGCAUUUGAGCCUUAGCUCUUGUAAUUUGCAAGGAAACUUUCCAAACCAAGUUUUUCAGCUUCCAUCUCUCCAGUUUCUUGAUUUAAGUUACAAUUAUUAUUUAAGAGGUAAUUUGCUUGAGUCAAACUGCAGUAGUACCCUAGAGUAUUUGAAUCUUGCAAACACAAACUUCUCAGGAGAGUUGCCUCAUUCGAUCGGAAACCUUAAAUUCCUGAAGAAAUUGAAUCUUGAUAGCUGCCAAUUUUAUGGAUCAAUUCCGAGAUCUCUUGCAAAUCUUACAGAGCUAACUGAUUUGCGCUUAGAUGCAAACAAUUUUGGUGGUGAGAUUCCUGCAUCAAUCUUCAACCUCACCCAUCUAACUUUUUUGUCACUAUCAUCAAAUAAGCUAUUAGGUCAUGUACCUUCUUGGUUGUUUUCUCUGCCUUCUAUAUCCUAUUUAGAUCUCCAUAACAACUGCCUUACCGGCCCUAUUGAUCAUGUUGAGAUGCCUAAUCUCAUUUUACAACGAGUCUAUUUGUCCAAUAAUGAGAUAAGUGGUUCAAUUCCUAGCUCCUUCUUUGAUCUUGUGAAUCUUACUAGAGUCAACCUUUCUUCAAAUAACUUAAGUGGCACCAUUACAUCCGACAUGCUUUUGAAGCUUGUAGACCUUGAGGAACUUGAUCUUUCCAAUAAUAGUUUGCUGUCUUUGAGCAAUAAUGACACUGCUGUCAACUAUUCCUUUCCGAACCUCCUGUCUUUAAAAUUCUCUUCUUGCAACAUCCAUAAGUUCCCAAGUUUCUUAAGCAAGGCAGAGAGUUUGCUACAUUUGGAUAUUUCCAAUAGUGAGAUAAGUGGUUCAAUUCCUAGCUCCUUCUUUGAUCUUGUGAAUCUUAUUGUUGUCGACCUUUCUUCAAAUAAUUUAGGUGGCACCAUUACAGCCAACAUGCUUUCAAAACUUGUAAACCUUCGGAGUCUGGAUCUUUCCAAUAAUAGUUUGUUGUCUUUGAGCAAUAAUGGCAUUGCUGUCAACUAUUCCUUUCCGAACCUCCAGACUUUAAAAUUCUCUUCUUGCAACAUACACAAGUUCCCAAGUUUCUUAAGGAAGGCAGAGAGUUUGCGAGAAUUGGAUAUUUCCAAGAACAACAUUUCUGGUCAAAUUCACAAAUGGGAAAUAGAAGGGAUGUCAUUGCGUAUUUUAAACCUUUCUUAUAACUUCUUGACUGGGAUAGAUUCAUUUGGUUCUGGAAAUCUUGAAACUGUUGACCUCAGAUCCAACUUACUACAAGGAUCACUCCCCAUUCCAUCAACUUGGGAUUCAAUGCAACAACUCUUCAUUUCAGGGAAUAAUUUGAAUGGCGAAAUCCCUUUUUCUUAUUGCAAUUUGACUUCUCUUGGAGUUCUGGAUUUAGCUUAUAAUAGUUUGGGAGGAAAAAUUCCAGAAUGUCUGGGAAACUUGAGUAAUCUCGCCUUCUUGGAUCUACGGAUGAAUAAGUUUCAAGGUAGAAUACCAAAUUCUUUUGUCAACAAAAGUGAACUGAGAACUCUUACCCUAAAUGGCAACCAGUUGGAAGGUAUAUUGCCACGGUCUUUGGUUAAUUGCAGUAACUUAGAAAUUCUAGAUGUGGGGAACAACAACUUGAAUGAUACCUUUCCAGAUUGGUUAGGUGUUCUUCCAUCGCUAAAAGUUCUCAUCCUUCGAUCUAAUGGAUUUCAUGGUGCUAUCAACAAUUCUAUGCCUGCAUCUUACUUCCCUCAGUUGAGAAUCAUUGAUGUUGCGCAGAAUGAUUUCAUGGGUCUCCUACCGAGCAACUAUUUCCAAAUUUUGAGAGGUAUGAGAGAUGUAGCUACAGCUGAUAAAUUGGAAUACAUUGGUGACGGGCAAAGAGGUCAUUUAAUAAGAUGUACACCACGUGGACAGUGUGUAGUAGAAAUUCCUCAGUUUUAUUAUAAGGAUUCUGUGAAGGUUGUAAUGAAAGGGUCAGAGAGGGAGCUUGUAAGGAUCUUGAAAUUUUUCACAACUAUAGAUUUCUCGAGCAAUCAAUUUCAUGGAUCGAUUCCUGAAGAGUUGGGAGAACUUAAUUCACUUAAAGGGCUAAACUUGUCUCACAACAGUCUCACAGGUCAAAUUCCCUCAUCGUUGGGGAAAUUAGCAGAACUCGAGUCAUUAGAUCUCUCAUCAAACAAGCUUGAAGGCAGGAUUCCUGAGCAAUUGACAAAGCUGACGUUCCUAUCAGUUUUGAAUCUUUCACACAAUGAACUUGUGGGCCACAUACCUGAAGGGAAGCAGUUCAAUAGUUUCUCAAAUGAUUCUUACAUUGGAAACUCUGGGUUGUAUGGAUGCCCAUUAACAAAGAAUUGCCACGAGGAGGAAGAACCAGUAGCACCUCCAAAAUUUGAUGAAGAGGAUGACUCUGCAACACUCUUUGAGUGGAAGUUUGCAUUGGCAGGCUAUGGGUGUGGACUGGUGUUGGGACUUAGUCUGGGAUACAUUGCCUUCACUACAGGAAAACCAUGGUGGGUGGUGAAGGAAGUGGAGAAAUAUCAACAGAAAUUAGUUGGAAGAUGCAAACGAAGGCAUAAGAAGAGGAAAACCGAAAAACCCAACCAAUGCUCUUAGGUGAAAGCAGGUGCAGUUGAUUUCCUAGUCUGGGGAGAUCUGGCAACAGUUGCUUCUUGAGUUUGUUUCCAUAUUUUUCAUGUUCAUUGUUGAUAUAUAGUUGUGUUGACUUGUGUAGGAAUUAUUGUUAUGUAUGAAUUUGUGUUGAUUUCUUUUGGAUUUCAUCCAUCUGCUCUGCAGGCAGUUGCUCAUGUAUUUUUCUUGGUGUAAUUGGUUUCUUUUAAUGUUAUUUAUCUCUUUGUAUUUUAUUCUCUUUUUCUUUGUUUUGGUUGCCUUUGAACGGUGCGCUUUACUGAAGCAAAAUGUCAAAAUUCUUUAAUUUUUGGACCCCGAAAACGUCUCCUUUCACCAUAGUUCUCCGAUCGGUGUGGAAGCAGAGAUGCAUCUGACGAAUCUUGGAUUAUUACUUAAGAAGGCUGGGUGAGGGACGAUCCCAACCUCCUUUGCUCUCCGGAGGCCCACCCUCUAGCCAUCGCCAAACUUAAGUCUUGUUCUUUGGCUGGUGAUUUGAUUCAUAAGCAGGGGGAAAGCUGUAAUUUUCUCUGUGUGGAAUAAAUUAAUGUGUUUUGCCUUUACUACUUAAAUUUAAAAAUUUUAGAUAUUACUAUGCUGCAUAUGCCAAGAUUGAGAUACGAUAUUUCUGUCUCUUAAAAACAUCAUAUGUAGGUUAGUAUUAACAUAUGUAAGUUCCAGGUUUCAUUUGUAAACUUUUAUUUAAAUUCUAAGGUUUAUACACUGUAUUCAUGGCUAGUUAGUGUAGGUCAUCAAUGGAUAUUUU